AUGGCCCGUGAACAAGUACUUCCUAUGGACAGUGCUAGGAAGAUCCUUCAAGAAUACCACAUAGAUGAAGAUGUGGGCUUCGCUCUGCCCCAGCCCCUGGAGGAGCUACCUCACGUUUAUGAUGCCUGGGUUUUCAUUGCUAAGAAUCUGCCUGCUCUGAUUGAGACUGGGCGACUUCGAGCAGAAGUUGAGAAGUUACCAGUACUCAGCAUCAGUCAACUCCAAGGACACAAGUCCCAGCGCCUGGCACAUUUGGUUCUAGGGUGCAUCACCAUGGCGUACGUGUGGGAUCGAGGGGCUGGAGAUGUUCGAAAGGUGUUGCCGAGCAACAUUGCCGUUCCUUACUGCAAACUCUCUGAGAAGCUGGGGUUGCCCCCUAUUCUGGUUUAUGCAGACUGUGUCCUGGCAAACUGGAGGAGAAAGGACCCCACUGGGCCCAUGUCGUAUGAGAACAUGGAUAUUUUGUUCCGAUUUCCUGGUGGGGACUGCAGUAAAGGCUUCUUCUUGGUCUCUCUGUUGGUGGAAAUAGCAGCUUCUCCUGCAAUCAAGGUGAUUCCCAUUGUAUUAAGUGCAGUGCAACAUCAGGACCAGGACACCUUGCAAAAGGCACUACUAGAUAUAGCUGUUUGCUUAAAAGAAGCCCUGAAUGUGUUUCAGGAAAUCCACGAAUAUGUGGACCCAAGCCUAUUUUUCAAUGUUCUUCGCGUGUAUUUGUCCGGCUGGAAAGGCCGCCCCCAGCUGUCAGAGGGUCUUCUCUACGAGGGAGUAUGGGACACCCCAAAGAAAUUUGCAGGGAGCAGUGCAGCACAAAGCAGCCUCUUCCAGUGCCUCGAUGUCCUUCUGGGAGUAGCACAGAGCACUGGUGGAGGAUCUGCCACUGAGUUCCUCCAGGAGAUGAGGACAUACAUGCCACCUGCCCACCAGAACUUUCUUCGCUCCUUAGAGUCAGGCCCCUCAGUCCGGGAGUUUGUCAUUUCAAGAGGCAGUGAUGACUUGCAGAAAGUGUAUGACAAGUGUGUGCAGGGCCUGCUCUCCCUGAGGAACUACCAUCUGCAGAUAGUAGCUAAGUACAUUGUGAUUCCUGCCAGACAGAGGCCCAAGGGGGGCCACACAUCCAAGGAGUCCACAGACCUAGAGGGAAGGGGGACCGGAGGCACCGACAUCAUGAAUUUCCUGCGGACUGUGAGAGAUACAACCCAAAAGGCCUUGCUGAAGGACGCUUAGUGUAAGAGUUCAUCUUACCAGUACACAGGGCUCUGCUUGGAUUCCCGUUGGUCCUCAUUAAAUCAGACCCAUAGACGAAGAGUAUGUAUUGAUU